AAUUUGGAACGGAAGUUUGGGGGAAAAGGAAAAAGAAAACCCCAAUUGAGAAGACAGCAGAAGUAUAAAAUUAUAUGAGUAGUCCUCGUUAAUUACGAGAAUUUAGAGACACAACAGCCCAUAAAUAAAUAGUAAACAGGGUACCAAUGAUCAUCAGACGAGCGACCUCAGUAAAAUCCAGAAAAAUGGAGUUGCGCUCCCACUCGCUGCUGCUCCUACUGUCACUGUUCAAUUUUCUCGCUCUCAAUCGAGCCAACGAGGAUGGCGGCGCCGGAGUCAUCAAAGUCAACUACAAAUUCGCCGGCUCCGACGCCAGUCUUAGUGCUCUCAGAGCUCACGACGACGUUCGGCAUCUCGCCAUUCUCGCUGGCGUAGACCUACCCCUCGGUGGCACCGGCCGCCCGGACGCGGUUGGGCUCUAUUAUGCUAAAAUAGGCAUUGGAAUGCCUUCCAAGGAUUACUAUGUGCAAGUUGACACAGGAAGUGACAUAACAUGGGUUAACUGCAUUCAGUGUCACCAAUGCCCCCGAAGAGGCUACCAUGGUAUAGAACUUACCCUUUACAACCCAAGAGAUUCUCUUACUGCUAAACUAGUAUCAUGCACACAAGAUUUCUGUAAAGAGAUUGGUGGUGGCUUAUCUGGUUGCACGGCAAAUACAUCAUGUUUGUAUACUGAGGUUUAUGGAGAUGGGAGCUAUAGCAUGGGCUACUUUGUUGAGGAUGUUGUCCAGUAUGAUCGAGUCUCUGGUGAUUUACAGACCAAAUCGGCAAAUGGAAGUGUUAUUUUUGGAUGUGGUGCUAGACAAUCUGGAGAUCUGGGGCCAUCAGAUGAUGCAUUGGAUGGGAUACUGGGUUUUGGAAAAUCAAAUUCGUCAAUGCUUUCGCAGCUAGCUUCAUCAGGAAGAGUGAAGAAGAUGUUUGCACAUUGCUUAGAUGGCGUGAACGGUGGAGGUAUCUUUGCUAUUGGGCAUGUUGUUCAGCCACAAGUGAACACAACACCACUGGUGCCAGACACGCCCCAUUACAAUGUCAAUAUGACUGCAGUUCAAGUUGGUCAUGAUUUUCUGAAUCUGACAACAGAUGUGUAUAUGAUUGGAGACAAGAAAGGGGCAAUAAUUGACAGUGGUACCACACUGGCUUAUCUGCCUGAGGUGAUUUAUGAUCCACUAGUCAAAAAGAUACUCUCAUGGCAGUUGGAUUUGAAAUUACAGACCCUUCAUGAUCAAUACACUUGCUUUGAUUAUUCUGGAAGUGUUGACGAUGGAUUUCCACCUGUCACUCUUCAUUUUGAAAAUUUACUUACACUGAAGGUUUAUCCUCACGAUUAUCUGUUCCCUUUUGAAGACUUGAUUUGUAUUGGUUGGCAAAACAGUGGGAUCGAGUCCCAGGACAAAAAGAAUAUUACUCUUUUAGGAGAUUUAGUUCUAUCAAAUAAGCUGGUCCUGUAUGAUCUUGAAAAGCAAGCGAUUGGAUGGACUGAGUAUAACUGCUCGUCAAGUAUUGAAUUGAAGGAUGAAAUUACUGGGUCCGUACAUCUAGUAGGAGCUCACUCUCUAUCUCGUGGUUGUAGUGUUAAUGUUCAAGCUAUAUUCUUCUUACUAAUGGCUCUGUUGUAUAGUCUGUUACUGCCACCAAUACUAUGACCGUCGUCUUAGCAAUCUCAGUAUAGGAAAAUAUUGAAAGGUGGAACAAAUUCUUCUAACGAAUUUCCACAAUAUACAGAAACUUCACUGGAUGUGCAUAAUUUCACAGUUGAGGAAGCUUACAGUAUCACAGCUCAUCUCAGCAUCCUGAAAUAACAUUUUCAGUUUUGUAGCCUAUACAGAAAGACGUAAUGUAAAUAGUUCUUUGUACAUAUACAUUCUUAUAUGGCUUCAUAUGGAAAACUAGCAUUUGGCCAAA